ACUCCACCAUUUUUUUUAAUCAUAGACCGAGCAACACAAAUAUUUUGGUUGCGGAGAGAAUAAAAAUAUAUUUUUUAAUUUGUUUUACGUUCGUAUUCAUGUAAAAUGUCGAAUAAUUCAUCGGAAUCAAAUCAAGAUGGGAAGAAAAACAAUCGCAUUAUGACUUUUCGACCCAGCUUUGAAGAGUUUCAAAACUUUUCUGCUUACAUAGAUUACAUGGAGUCCCGCGGUGCUCAUCACGUAGGCCUUGCAAAAGUUAUUCCACCUCCAGAGUGGGUCCCUCGUAAGUCGGGCUACUCAAUUGAUGAAAUAAAUAUGACUAUACCAGCUCCCAUCUGUCAAGUAAUCUCAGGGAAGCAAGGAGAGUACCAGCAAAUUAACGUCCAAAAGCGAACAAUGACACUGCGACAGUUUAAGGAACUUGCCGAGUCGGAACGAUACCAAACUCCCAAACACUUCGAUUACGACGAUUUGGAGAGAAAGUAUUGGAAAAAUGUCACAUACGUUGCACCACUCUAUGCCGCCGAUGUGAAAGGUACUCUAACCGACUCGGAUGUCAAAGAAUGGAACAUAGAUAAGCUAGAAACUAUUCUUGACUAUGUGAAUAAAGACUAUGGCAUCGAAAUAGACGGUGUCAAUACUGCCUACCUGUACUUCGGAAUGUGGAAAAGUACAUUUGCCUGGCACACGGAAGACAUGGACUUAUACUCGAUCAACUAUUUACAUUUUGGUGCGCCAAAGACUUGGUACGCGAUUCCACCUGCUUAUGGCAAGCGGCUGGAGAAACUCUUAAAUCGCAUUUUCCACGACAACUACCAGAAUUGCAAUGCUCAUCUCAGGCAUAAGAUGACUUUGGUCAGUCCACAGGUAUUGCGCCAACACGAAAUACCUUUCAAUAAAAUCACACAAGAACCCGGAGAGAUAAUGAUAACCUUUCCGUUCGGAUAUCAUGCUGGAUUUAACCAUGGUUUCAAUGGAGCUGAGUCUACUAACUUUGCAACGAAGCGAUGGAUUGAAUAUGGCAAAAGGGCCAGCAUUUGUCAUUGCCGCAAAGAUAUGGUCAAGAUUUCAAUGGAAACAUUUAUCAGGCGGUUUCAGCCCGAAAGGUAUGAGGAUUGGAUAGAAGGUAAAGAUUAUGGCGAACAUCCCGAAGACCCGGGAAAAAUUUAUCCAGCCCCAGCACCCACAAUCAACAAAUAUAGUUAUACGAAAAGAAAAUCGACAGAAUCAAUUCAAGAUGUCGACACUGAUCAACCUCCGCAAAAACGUGGCUGUUCAAGUCUGAAUAUUGAAAAAAGUCCAAUAAUAAUGUUGAAAAAAAUGGAUGUCGAUAAAAAAUUAGACUUCAAUGCCAUGGCUGUUGUACGACUCAAAAGACUCUUUGCCAGACUUCCCGGAGUUGGCCAAGGAAAGAACUUAUUAACAAACGGAAUCAUCAAGAACACAAAGCGAAUGCGAUUUCAAACAAGAACGAUAUUGCUAGACGAAGAAGAAUAGCUAGAGCUACCGAUGAAAUUUUUGAUGCCACAUUUAUCAAGUUUAUAUGUUGUGAAUUUUUUUAUUUUAGUACCUACUAUUAAUUUUAUUUUAGUUUUUAAAAAUGCCAUGCUAGCAUUUAAAUUAGACUAUCUAAGUCGGACUGAAGAUCUCAAAAGAUAAAUAUUGUUUUGUACGUAUCUGAAGUAAUAUUUAAAUUUAAUUGUAAAGAUGACGACUAGGAUAGAGAUUCAUUCAAACAAAAUUUCAGUAUAAAUAUAUUUUAGUUUAUUUACUUAA